AUGGCUAAGAACAAGCCCCAAGGUCAGAACUCCCGUGCGGCGCGGCGAGCUGUCUCGCCCGUCGACAAGUCCUUGGUUGCUUUGCCGCGAGCAGAGUCCCCUACUACCGAGCGUCCCACGAUUCUAGCUGAGCGCGUAAAUGCUGGAGUUCAGAAAAAGAAGAAGGCAAAUAAGAAAAUCACUCGGGCACAGCGUUUGAGACAGGAGAAAGGCAUGGAGAGGGCCGAGAAUGUCUUAGACCAGUUGGAAAUCAAAAAAGCCAAAAGUAUCAACCGGGCUAAGAAUAUUAAGACCAGAAGGGCUGAGUGGGAGGAUACAAACCGAACUGCCAAUGCAUCGGCGUUUGCAGUGCUCCAGCAGGCUGGCAAAGACGAGGAAGACGAUGACGAUGAAGAUGACGAUGACGAUAAUGCUAUGGCCGAUGAUACAACACAACCCAGGACCACAGCUAAUGUAUUUGCGGCUUCUGUGGCACCAGCGGCAGCGGAUCCUGCCACGGCUGAUGAAGACGACGAAAUUACUUGA